AUGGCGGCGCGGUGCUCCUCACGCUGGCUGCUGGUGGCAGUGGGGACCCCGCGGCUGCCGGCUGCAGCGGGGAGAGGGGCCCAGCCGCCCAGGGAGGGUAUAGUCGGGGCGUGCCUGGGUCGCAAGCUGAGCGUCACCGCCUUUGCGCCUCCGCUGGGAGCUCGAGGCCCGGGGGCGCUGCUGACAUUGAGACCCGGUGUCAGCCUCACAGGAAUUAAAAACUACCCCUUUGUUUGUACUGCCGCCUUCCACACAAGCAGCCUUUUGGCCAAAGAAGAUUUUUACCAGAUCCUGGGAGUACCGCGGAACGCCAGCCAGAAAGACAUCAAGAAAGCCUAUUACCAGCUUGCCAAGAAAUACCACCCAGACACAAACAAGGAUGACCCCAAAGCCAAGGAGAAGUUCUCCCAGCUGGCAGAGGCCUACGAGGUGCUGAGUGACGAGGUGAAGCGAAAACAGUACGAUGCGUAUGGCUCAGCGGGCUUUGAUGCCGGGGCCGGCAGCUCCGGCCAGAGCUACUGGAGGGGUGGUCCCUCUGUUGACCCUGAGGAGCUGUUCCGGAAAAUCUUUGGGGAGUUCUCGUCGUCAUCGUUUGGAGAUUUCCAGAGCGUGUUUGAUCAGCCCCAGGAGUACAUCAUGGACUUGACCUUCAACCAAGCGGCCAAGGGCGUCAACAAGGAGUUUACCGUGAACAUCACUGACACGUGUGAGCGCUGUGAUGGCAAAGGGAACGAGCCUGGCACCAAGGUGCAGCACUGCCACUACUGCGGCGGCUCCGGCAUGGAAACCAUAAACACGGGCCCAUUUGUGAUGCGCUCCACCUGCCGGCGGUGCGGCGGCCGAGGUUCCCUCAUCACAACCCCAUGUGUAGUCUGCCGAGGGACAGGGCAGGCCAAGCAGAAGAAGAGAGUGGUGAUUCCAGUGCCUGCUGGCGUUGAGGAUGGCCAGACUGUGAGGAUGCCAGUGGGAAAAAGAGAGAUCUUUGUCACCUUCCGGGUGCAGAAAAGCCCCGUGUUCAGGAGAGACGGCGCAGACAUCCAUUCAGACCUCUUCAUCUCCGUGGCCCAGGCCCUCUUGGGGGGCACGGCCCGAGCUCAGGGCCUGUACGAGACCAUCAAUGUGACGAUCCCCCCGGGGACCCAGACUGACCAGAAGAUCCGGAUGGGUGGAAAAGGCAUCCCCCGGAUCAAUAGCUAUGGCUACGGUGACCACUACAUCCACAUCAAGAUCCGAAUUCCAAAGAGGCUGACGAGCCGGCAGCAGGGCCUGAUCCUGAGCUAUGCCGAGGAUGAGACGGACGUGGAAGGGACGGUGAACGGUGUCACCAACACCAGCACUGGUGGCAGCCCCACAGGAGGCGAGGCUAGGCAGGACAAGGAGGGAUUCCUUUCCAAACUUAAGAAAAUGUUUACCUCCUGAUAGCCCAGCUGAGGAAAACGGUCCACUGGGAACUAAUCUGGACAUGGCUGCUGCUCCUCGUGGCCUGGAUGAGGUCCUGGACCAGCUCCGUUGCAGCAAGAUCGCCACAGCGCCUCCCCAAGCCAGGGACGCUCUGCAUGGGCCCCGGGCUGUAAGAUGUAGAACCUUAGGGUGAUAGCCGUUUCCUGUCCACAGUGUUUGGUUCAGGGCAGCGUGAGACAGAGCACCAACUCUGGGCUAAAGGGGUGGAGGUCUUAAGUGAAGAAUUAAAGGCUGCGUUCACAGCUUAAAGACCAACCCUGAGCUGCACCGAGUCUUGAGUGGAUUGGUUUUUCUCUCAGCAAACUUCUGGGAUGUCCCCUGACAAACCUUCCCCAGAAGCUGUCCUGCAUGCCCUCAGCCUCUCACCCCCACCCACAGGUUCGGCUGGGUGACACACGCCCCUCUUGCGGUUUGUCUUUAAUUCCCAAAGGUACCCAGCAGCUUGAAAGUGGAGGCUCAGCAAGACCCAGGGGCUCAGGAACUCUCACUUCCAACCAGAGGGCCAAUAGACAUCCCUCCUCAACCCAUGAUGUCCCCAGUCUGCCUUUUGGUUCAGGCAAGAGUGCGUGUGCGGGCCGCCCCUCCUCUUGGUCACAGCCUGCCACCCGCUGCACUGGUCGGGCCCAGUUUUGUGGCCUCCCUAAUGCUGACCAGCUUCUGCCCGUCAGGGUCUCACCACUGCUGCUGUCUGCUCUCAGGAGAGUCUCAGUUCUCGGGCAAAGACUCACUCUCUUCUCCCGUAAAAAGGUUGCUCAGGACAGGGCAGCACAAUGUAGGCAAGCCCUGCAGUGCCCAGCCGAACACACCGUCCCCACCACCCCAACUCUGCCGGACACUGCAGCCACGUGUCUCAGACCCCCACACUACUGCCUGAUGAGUUAAUGAAGAACGUUUCCGAACCGUUUCCUUUCUCUUCCUCUUCAUUCAUGAAAACCCAGCAUUUACUAGUAUGAUUGAAGAAUGUAAAAUGAAUCUGUAUCAAUGUAAAUAUAAGAUAAUCUACUGCAAAAGAUAUUUAAAACCUAAAA